GCUCACAAAUGAUGUGGCCCCGGACGGGGACCAUCCGGCGAAAGAGCUCAGCAAGGAGCAUGACAAGCCUAUGCACGGAAUAUCAAAGCAUAUGCGCCCUGUCAUAUGCCUCCAGCGGUGCGGGUUGUCGGCACUGAUGGGAGGCGAGAACGUUGCGACGACUGCAGAUGUUCUCUACUACUUUAUGAUGAAUGCUCCGGCUGCAUGCAAACGGCUUAUGCGGGCAGCAAAAGAAGCUGGUGCGAAUGGGGCGAAUGCGGUAGCGACGGCAGAGCUAUAUCUGGAGUCAUACGGGCGUCAGUUUGAUUCGCGGGCGAACGAUGGUGUGAACGCGGUGACCACGAUAAUGGGGAAGGCUGAUCGUGAACUCAAGGGGCUCGUAUACGACUUCCCUGCCUACAAGGAGGAUCAUCGCGGACGAUUACGCCCCGUUGCUGGAAAUGGGUGGGGUGGGCCCCGGAAAGGCAAGGCGUUCGAGGAAAUGCGCACACAAGAUGGUGGGGCUGUGGAACUCGACAGCGUCCCCAUCCCGACGGUGGGAUCGGCGUGCACAAUUGCAGAGGGAGGUGACCGUCAUGUGGGACCAACACAUCAAGAAGAUGCAGUGUUAGAUCACAAUGAAAGGACGACAACUCGAGACAAAACAACCAGCAAGAGGCCAAAACCAGUUCCACGUGGGUGGUCAGCCGCUCCAAGCAUCACGGAUGUGCCUGAGUACACGGUAUGCCUUCUACAACCGAAGCACUUGCUCGAAACGGUGGGAUCACUACAGAUUUGUUGCACACGAGCGGGCUGUUCUGGGAGUAUGGCACUCGUGUCGUGGAAAAUAGCAUGGGCCUGUUUCGGACUUUAUUGGCACUGUAACACGUGCACAAGCGGCAGGGAAGUAUGGUCAAGUCCGAAAAAGGAGCACACAUCAAAUAGGAGAAAGACCGGGCCAAGGACGUCAAAGCUCAUGCCCAGGUUCGUCGGUGCCUUCGCCCUUGCGGGGGUAGGAUUUCAAGUGAUGUGGGAAGUUUGUCGCAAUCUUGGACUUCCGAAUCCGGGCAAGGGAACAUUCUAUCGUUUGCUGCAGGGUGAAGAUGGUUUAUGGAAUGCCAUUAUUCGUGCUGCACAGAACUCGAUGGGGGACGUGCGUACCACUUUAUCCAAGAGAGUGGGUGGCGUGGGUUACAUCAGUGUUGAUGGCAGAUGGUCACAAGCGCGAGAGGCAGAGUGGUGUACUGUGUCCUUCCUCCAUCCUGAAAGUAGGAAGAUCUUGCAUGUAGAGACCACAAAACUUGACGUCGAUGAUGACUCCGCACCGAGGCUCGAAAGUGUAGGAUUCAAAAGGGGGAUGGACUUCCUCAAGGAGCAGGGGUUUGAGAUAGAGGGGAUUGUUACCGAUGAGGGUAGCACCUUUCGAGGUGCUGCUGUAGAAAGAGGAAUCCGUCAUCAGAUUGACUGGUGGCAUAAAAGACGAUCGGUGGUGAAAAGAUUUGAAAACGAGCUGCAGAACCUUGUUAGAAAAGUGGUGGAUAUUGAUAACGCUGAGACUGUUGAGGACCUUCACAUGCACACCUUGAAGAAGUUGAAGGCUUGGUUACUAAAGAAGGCUCCAAGCAAAGCGGAGGGCAAAACGGGAAAGGAUGGGUUCAUCGAGACAGUUUGCAGUGAGCUCAGUAUUGUUUAUCGUUAUGUGAAACCGGCCGAUGCAAAAUGGAUGCAUCUGGAAUUGCAGCAGGUGACGUGCGCCAAAGGGUUGCACGAGGCUAGUCGUGGGCCAGAGCCACAUAGGAGCGAAGAGGAUGGAGAGGAUAAUGAAACGGUUGACAUACCGGUUAUGCUCUCAUUGAUACAUGAACAUGGCGUGCCUGCGCAUGAGGGAACGGGAGAUGGUGGUGAUGCGGUUGAGAUGCUGGAGGGUCCAGUGUCAGUAGAAGUUUGUUGGCGGGAUGUGGAGGAGCUGUGGGGGUACGACAUCCACCCUGAGCAUGGGUUGCGUCCCUCAUCACAAGCGUCUCUGGUGGUCGCACUCGCUUGCAAUGGCGCUUGCGCUGAUACGGAUUUCUUGGGAGAACCAAUCGAUCAAGCACCACCAACGACCCCUCAGACAGGAAGCCAACCCAAAGUUUCCGUCGAUGGCUGCAAUGAGACGCGACGGUGGCACCCACGUAGCAAUAAGAAACGGGCACGCGGCACUGGAAACGAAGUCAACGUCGCUAGAGAGAGUGGCGGAAGCAGAAGGUUGGAAUAUUCGGUUGCACAACGCGUCAGCGUGCAUUUCAGGCAUGUUAUGAUGCGCUGUGCAGUGAAGGCGCGCGAAGGGGAUGCGAUGACAAAGGAGGAGGUGUCAGAGGAGUUAGGACUGGCGGCAGAUCACUUUGCAGGUGAUCAUUCACGCUGCCAACGAGCGGGGAUCACACCUCCACGUUGUGUUUCAGAGGGAUGGGGGGAGGAGAGUGCCGUGUAUGCGGUUGGUUCACCAACCCACCUGGCUGUUCGCGAGUGGUUCAAGACGCGACUAGGGCCAACACAAGUGGAACCAUUCAUCCGUGGCGCGAAUAGUUCACUGAAUGAGUCAUUUCACUCUCUGAUUUGCAAGUAUGCACCCAAGAGGCUGCGAUUCAGGGGCAGCAUGAAGGCACGCAUAGCCUUGGCAGUGCUGCAUUGGAGCAGUUGCAUGGACCCACUCGUCAAGGCGUACCGCCUCCGUGCAAGAAAGGCGACACGAGUGCAGCGGGGUUCUGGAGAGAGGAUCCUAGGUCCUAUGGACUGGUCCUGGAUCGACAAGAUAAUGCAGGAGUGGUUGAAGGAAGGGGCGGAGGAUGUGGAGGAAACUGAAACGGCAAUAGAGGGAAUGCUGGAUGAGGUUGUCACAGAUCAGGGGGUUAGUGAGAACACCCGUGCGGUGCGACAACGAACCAUGAGUGGACAGCCGAGUACUGUUUCUGUGCAACCGGUGUGCAGCACCCCUUUGGCUACCAAUGAGCUCACUUUCUCGCCUGGGUGUCACGGCAGCACAUCCCGGCCUGCCCCGGUGUCAUACGGCCAACGAACUUCACAAGCUCGUCGCCGUUUGCUGG